GUGUUUAUGUAUAGUGUAUAACAGUGGGCAAAACUGUAUUUUCCUAGGACUAGGACUCUCUGGGAAAAAGCUUAUGAUGGAUCUGUUUUGCAAAGAGGACAAAAGCGAGGCUCUAAUUCCAGUAAAGACAGUGUAACUGAUCCCUUUUCAUUGUAUCUGUGCCUGUAGUUUUCCCAGAAGACUGUGAGCUCUCCUAACAUGAUGCCUACAACUAAAGGCAUGUCCCAAAUGAUACCCAAUCAUGUUCUGAGAGUGGGUCAAACUAUCCGCCUGGAGUCGGCACCGGAGAAGGUCAAUCAACAUCCUGGUCUCACGGAGCCCAGCAGUAACCCUGGUGCCUCUGAUCUUGACGUUUCCCUGGAUAAACUCAACCAGCUAAUCCUGGAACUCGAUCCGACAUUCGAACCCAUCGAGGUGAACAAAAGUCCUUUGUGCAUCAGCCCUCCUACAGACGACUCAGAUGAAGAUGACCCCCACUGUGUGUUGGUCCCUAGAGGAUGUCCCCCCUACUCCACACACACCGUGGUCCAAUCUGUGUCACCUAGUAUAGCCAUCCCUUCACCCAGCAGGGUCAGCUGCAGUCCCCAUGGGACACUGGUGUUCUCCAGCUCCCCUACAUCCUCCCUGCCUCCGCUGCCAUGUGGAAGUGCACCCCGAAGAAACGCCUCACCGAAGCCUGACGCAAGCAGUUUCCAAGGAUCACUGCGUUUGUCACAAUCCAACAGAAACAGCGCUGUCUCGCUCCUCUCCACGUCAACAUGCUCAGACACCAGCUACAUCCUUGGCAGUAACCUGUCCCUGGCUAGUGAAGACGCUGACUCUCCAGAGUUCAUCCUCACUCGCAUGUCUGGCUCCUUCAAUGACGGCUCCAGAACGACGCCAUUUGGAAAUAUGCAGAGCCCAGAAAAGCCUCCAUUGAUAAGGCGAGGGUAUCCACAGGAGCAUAACAGCAAAGGAGCACAGAGCAGCCCUGCUUCACUCUCUGGGUCUUUGAGCGAUAUACCUGUACUGCUAGUCAACGGUGCACCACAGCCAGAUCUAAACAUCCAGCCCCCUGGACCAGAAACUGACCUAAUACAGACCCUCCUUGUGUCCAACUCAAAGCCAUCUUCUCCUCACAGUUUCCAAGCUCGUUUCAAUGGCAGCCAGCCCUCAAUGAAGUUUGUCAUGGACACUUCAAAGUUUUGGUUCCGGCCACAUAUCAGCAGAGCAGAAGCUGAAGCACUGGUAAAGGACAAGGAAGCAGGAACAUUUGUGGUGAGAGACAGCACCUCAUACAGGGGCAGCUUUGGCCUGGCUGUGAAGGUGGACCAAACCGCCAACGUCACUACUAAUGCCUACCCAGGAGAGAGCACUUCAGAUGUUGUGAGACACUUCCUCAUUGAGUCAUCAGCUAAGGGUGUACGCAUCAAAGGCGCUUCUCAGGAACCUUACUUUGGGAGUCUCUCUGCACUGGUCUACCAGCACAGUAUUUCUGCUUACGCUUUACCUUGCAGAUUACUGCUCCACUCUCAAGACGUGGGUGCAGCAGAAGGGAGGGCAAAUGACAAACCAGCAUCAGAGGACAAGAGUAAAACAGCUUGCAAUUUCAUCUACCUGAAUGCCAUCCACACUGAGAUGCUGACAGGCCCUUGUGCAGUGCAGAAGGCGGUGUCCUCCACAUUCGAGAAGCCUUCGGGUUCCUUCACACCAACCAUAGUGAAUCUGAAGGUCUCUUUGAAGGGUGUCACGCUGACGGAUAUCAACAGGAAGCUCUUCUUCAGACGCCAUUACCCUGCUAACCUGAUCAGCUACAGUGGUGAAGAUCCAGACAAGCGACUGUGGGUGAAAGGUUGCAGUUUUGGUGCAAGGAUGUUUGGCUUCGUUGCAAAAGGUGUGGAGGCCGGCAUGGAAAAUGUCUGCCAUGUCUUUGCAGAAUACGACCCGCUGCAGCCUUACAACAAAGUCAUCGAGGUUAUUCAGGCUGCCAUAGCCAAGCCAUAGACACACAAGGACUGCGACCACGUGAUACAGCAAGGGAUCCUAAAGUCCUACUUACACUGUCUGUCUUAUACUGUACUUUCCUCUCAUAACCUGUCAAAUCUCGUAACAAAGUGGUCAUCGUAGUCUCUACUGUUGUUAAACUGGACAAGUAAUGUAUGUGCCAGUUUACAAUACCAGCGAAAUACCAGAAGGUCACAUGUUAAAAUGGUCACAUUACCAUGGUCACAUGAUAAAAGUCAUAUUGAACAGACAGGUGUAACUGUAGCAUAUAUGAAGAUAUACAAGACUGAAUAUAACAGGCCGGCAACAUUUGAUUGUAAACAAAUGGCGUGCUACUGUAAAAAAUAAUUUCUGAUGUUUGUAAAAAAAUUUUAAAUAAACACUAUUGUUGAUAAAAGUUAUUAUAUGAAGCUCACAAUGUAAAAUGUUAUUGUAGAAAAUGUUAGAAACCAACACCUUACAUAGAGGUGAAGCGGUCGAUUUGUCAGAUUUCUUAAUGUAAAAUGAUUCCCAUGUUUAUCUGCACAAGCUGAUGCUAUUAAAUGUGGUGAUGGGGGAUUUUGAAGGUUCUCUUUAUAGACUAGAGGGAAAAAACCUCUGACAUCAUGUCCUUGUCAUGUCCUUUCAUUUCAAAAUCAGAAACUUUGCAUAUGCCCUAGCUGUAAAGUGAGAAUGUAUUUAUUGUACUGCACUGUAAACAAUUUCUUCUCUGUAUAUGAUUUUUUUUUCAUUCAUUAUGAUGAGAAAUAAACAUGUUGAACUGUUGAA